CCUUACAGUCUCAUACCGGUACACUGCUCUCCAUUCAGUCGUAUGCAGAUUGUGGGUCCCGGGAGGUGGGACGAAAGCUGGGCCGUUGGAAUGCGACGUGUCUCGUAUCGCUCUUAAAAACGCUUCUCUUUCUGCUUCUCCACAAACUACCUAGGCUACAAAGAGUUCACCUGCGCGUUCAGUCCGUCCCGCCUCUGAGUCCAAACCAGAGCCCACUUCACCGGAGCGAUAUGCCUGGAAACACAACACUAAAACCGGACCUGCACAAGUCCACUAAUGUGGUAUACCAGGCUCAUCAUGUCAGCCGCAGCAAGAGGGGGCAGGUCGUGGGAACCAGAGGAGGUUUCAGAGGAUGUACAGUCUGGCUCACAGGUCUAUCAGGGGCUGGUAAGACAACAGUGGGUUUCGCUUUAGAGGAAUAUCUGGUCUCUCACGGCAUUCCCUGCUACUCUUUGGAUGGUGAUAACAUCCGUCACGGCCUAAAUAAGAACCUGGGCUUUACUUCUGAAGAUCGAGAGGAGAAUAUUAGGCGUAUUGCUGAGGUGGCCAAACUGUUUGCAGAUGCUGGGCUUGUUUGCAUUACAAGUUUCAUCUCGCCGUUCACCAAAGACCGUGCGGAGGCCCGAAGCAUCCAUGGGAAAGCAGGUUUGCCAUUUUUUGAGGUGUAUGUGAACGCUCCUCUGGAGGUGUGCGAGAGCAGAGACGUUAAAGGACUCUACAAAAAAGCAAGAGCUGGGGAGAUUAAAGGCUUCACCGGCAUAGAUUCUGAGUAUGAGAGUCCAGAAGCUCCUGAUCUUAUUCUGAGGACUGGAGAGCUCACAGUGAACGAAUGCAUUCAACAGGUGGUGGAUCUGUUAAAGGAGCAGAGCAUCAUUCCCAGUGGAGUUAUAGAGGAGAUUAAUGAACUGUUUGUUCCUGAGAACAGACUCAAGCUGGCGCAGGCAGACGCCAACACCCUGCCCUCUAUCAGUAUCACCAAGUUGGACUUACAGUGGGUGCAGGUGUUGGCUGAAGGAUGGGCCAGCCCUCUAAAGGGCUUCAUGAGGGAGAGAGAAUACCUACAAGUCAUUCACUUCAACACCCUUCUGGAUGGGGGCACCAUCAACCUCUCAGUACCCAUUGUCCUUCCUGUUGCCACCGAGAUUAAAGAACGUCUUCAAGGCAGUGCGGCUGUGGCUCUGGAGUACCAGGGAAAACGCGUCGCCAUCUUACGCAGCCCAGAGUUCUUUGAGCAUCGAAAGGAAGAGCGAUGUGCUCACCAGUGGGGGACAUUCUGUCCCAAACACCCUUACAUAAAGAUGGUUUUGGAAAGCGGUGACUGGCUGGUAGGGGGUGAGCUAGAGGUAUUGGAGCGGAUCAGAUGGAAUGAUGGGCUGGAUAAGUACCGUCUCACUCCAAGGGAGCUGAAGCAGAGGUUUAAAGAGAUGAAAGCAGACGCAGUGUUCGCUUUUCAGCUGAGGAACCCAGUGCACAAUGGACACGCCCUGCUAAUGACCGACACGCGUCGGCGAUUGGAGGAACGUGGGUAUCGUAGGCCCGUGCUACUUUUGCAUCCUUUGGGUGGCUGGACCAAAGAUGAUGACGUGCCUCUGGACUGGAGAAUGAAACAGCAUGCUGCUGUGCUGGAGGAUGGCAUUCUAGACCCACAAUCCACCAUUGUGGCCAUCUUUCCCUCCCCUAUGAUGUACGCUGGGCCUACAGAGGUCCAGUGGCACUGUCGUGCAAGGAUGGUUGCAGGUUCUAAUUUCUACAUUGUGGGUCGUGAUCCUGCUGGGAUGCCCCACCCAGAGUCAGGACAGGACCUGUAUGAUCCAACUCAUGGAGGUAAAGUUCUGUCCAUGGCACCUGGACUCACCUCGGUGGAGAUUAUCCCCUUCAGAGUGGCUGCAUACAACAAGAUCAAGAAAGCUAUGGACUUCUAUGACAAAAAUAGACAUGCUGAGUUUGAGUUCAUCUCCGGGACCAAAAUGCGCAAGCUGGCUCGCAGUGGAGAGAACCCUCCCGAGGGCUUCAUGGCCCCUAAAGCCUGGAAGGUCCUCACAGAGUAUUACAAUUCCCUACAGAAAGACCAAUGAUGACACAUACAAGAAGUUUCAACACAGAAAACCUCAGAAGAUCACAGAGCAUGGGGUUCACACUGCCUCUAGAACUGCUUCAAGGCAUUGAGAAAUGAAGGUGCGCACUUACAGUGAACUGGUGGCAAAGGUGUUCAUGAUCUCCUGUGAAUAAUUAUUUUACUACAGCAUUGUUUUUAAAUGGAAAUAUAAACAUGCUUUCACAACUUUCUCAACUGUGAAAUUUAAACUGAUGUGCCUUGAUUAAUAGAUUGUCAAUCCCAAAGAGAUUAUAAGAGUUUGUUCUUGAAUUGUAUAUAGAAAUGUGCCUUGUGUGCUUUAGAAGGCAUUUAAAUGAAAAAGUAUAUCAGUUGUAAUCUAAAUGAAGCAAUUACUGUACCGUUCAAAAGUGUGGGGACGGUAAGAUUUUUUAAAAUAUAUUUUAAAAUGUCAUUUAUUCAUGUGAUGGCAAAGAUACAUUUUCAGCAUUACUACUCAAGUCAUGUCAUUCUAAUAUGCUGAUUUGCUGCUCAAGAAACCUUUCUUAUUAUUAUUAAUGCUAAAAACAGUUGCGCUGCUUAAUAUUUUUGUAGAAACUUUCAGGAUUCUGAACAGAAAGUGUUCAAAAGAGCAUUUAUUUGGAAUAGAAUUUUUCUUUAACAAUGUAAGUGUCUUUACUGUCACUUUUGAUCAAUUUAAUGCAUUCUUGCUGAAUACAUUUUUUUUUUAAUAAUCAUACUGACCACAAACUUGGAGUAUAGCAAAGCAGUCUUCUUGUGGCCCAAAUUGCAGUCAGAUUUUAUUUCAUAACCAGAAUAAUUUUGUUUACAUGUUACAGAAAGGGGUUGUUAUCUGGGGACCAUAUUGGGGAAAGCAUACUAGGGAAAAUAUUUAUUUUAUUCAUUCAAAAACAAUAAUGGAUAACACUGUUUAAUUAAAGAUUUAACAGCAAAUGCAAUAUACGGUAAUGUCAUGUAGAUAUCUGUAUAUCUUAUCUGUUUUAAUUAAAUCUUUUUACUGUGAUUA